UUAUGUGAUUGGGAAGGUGUCAAAUGUGGCCGUCGACAUGAACGAGUCACUGUUAUAGACCUCACCUCCAGAGGUCUAGCGGGUUCUUUGUCUCCUUAUAUCGGAAACCUCAGUUUUCUCCGGGAGCUUAGCCUCUUUAACAACACUUUCACAGUAGUGAUUCCAACUGAACUCGGUAAUCUUUUUAGGUUACAGACACUGGAUCUGGGUGUUAACGGUUUUGAAGGGAAAAUUCCACCAAGCCUAUCUCGUUGCUCCAAUCUUAGGGACCUUAGUGUAGGCAACAACAAGCUAGUCGGAGAGUUCCCAAAAGAACUUGCUUAUUCAAUGCCAAAACUUGUUACACUCAAUAUUAGCAAGAACAAUUUGACAGGAGGGAUUCCUCCGUUGAUUGGGAAUCUUACUUCUCUGGCAGACUUGAGAGCCUCUUACAAUCCGUUCGGAGGAAGUAUUCCAGAUGCUUUGGGUCAAUUGAAAAACCUAAACUUUCUUGGACUGGGUGUAACUCAAAUUUCAGGUACCAUCCCUCCUUCCUUAUACAACCUAUCGUUGCUACAAAUAUUGUCGGUGCCUUCUAAUUAUCGACUUCGGGGUAGUCUUCCACUGAAAUUCGGCCUCAUGUUCCCUCACCUUCAGGUCCUUCAGCUAUACGAAAACCAAUUUAAUGGUCCAAUACCGCUUUCAAUAUCCAACUCUUCGGAGUUGGAAGAACUGGAACUGAAUGAUAACAAUUUCAAUGGAAAAGUAAGAAUCGAUUUUAGAAACUUGCAAAAUCUCUAUUUUAUAAAUCUAGGUGAUAACAAUUUUGAGACCAAGGGAUCUGAUGGUCUUGCCUUUCUUAGUUCUUUGACCAAUUGUAGCAACUUGGGAGAGGUAAUGUUGGAGAAUGGCCAAUUCGGAGGGGUAUUACCGGACUCUGUGGGCAAUCUAUCAACCUCUGUCUCUUACUUGGCGCUAGAUAUAAAUCAAUUAUACGGAUCUACUCCUUCAACAAUAGGAAACCUCGUGAAUCUUGAAGUCUUAGGUCUGAAUGACAACCUAUUCAUAGGCCCGAUUCCCAGUAGCAUAGGUUAUCUGCAUAAGUUGCAAAUAUUGGCAUUUUCAAACAAUAAAAUCUCAGGUGAAAUUCCAAUGUCGAUUGGAAACUUGUCAAUGAUGAAUAAACUUUACUUGGAGAAAAACAAACGAGAGGGAGCCAUACCAUCGAGUCUUGGGGACUGUCGUCAUUUGUUAGAGAUACUACUAAAUGAAAAUAACCUUAAUGGGAGCAUUCCAAGACAACUUUUGAUGGUCUCUUCUCUACCAAUUGCGUUGGAUCUCUCUCGCAACCGUUUGUCUGGAUCCUUGGCACUUGAAGUUGAAAACCUCAAAAAUUUAGCAAAAAUUGAUAUCUCUGAGAAUGGUUUGUCUGGUGAAAUUCCUGGGACUCUUGGUAGUUGCAGUAGCCUUGAAAACCUAGAUCUACAUCGAAAUUUCUUUCAAGGAUCUAUUCCUUCCUGA